CCUAACUUUUGACCAACGCGUUCAGUUUACGGAAGUACAUGUGUGUGUGACUUUAAUCGUAUGUGUGGAACAGCCCGUAACAUAUGACUUGUACCUCUUUUCAUUUCGUACGUAGUUUAUUAUUCUAGUUGUGUGAUAGUGCUGGCUCUCCGUCGGAGCCAUGUUGUUUUUGGCUUGAGUGGAGUUGGGAUAAGUUCCGAGUCUUGAGAGAUCUACAAAAUUUACAGAGAACCGGGACCCUAUGGGAGAAAAUAACUAGGUUUCUGGAGCUUACAUAACUUUUUUAAUUGUGCUCUGAAUAAAAUAGACCUAGAAAUGAAAUCUGACUGCAGGUCGCGGUGAUUGAGUCAAUGAUUAGAUUGUAUUUGUACGAUUAUAUUUUUUCCCGCUGUGAUUUCGGGAUUUCAAGUGGAGACUAAGGAAAAUGAGCGGACAGCCGCUACAGCAGAGGAGAGAUCCUCAUGUGGGCUCCAGGCUGCUCUCAGGGCAGCAGAACGAUGCGCUGUUUGCUCACCUGGGCAGAAAAUGCACUGGUGAGGAAUAAGAAUGAGGCUACACUGCAGCAUCAGCAGAGCUACAGGAAGUGCUGUGAUGGACUCACUAACACCUGUGGCUGGAAAAUGGCAAUCAACUUAGUAAAAGUCUUCUUCUCGAUGCCCCAGGGUUUGGUGUUUUUUAAAUUACCACAGUUGAAAGGUUUCACAAGGAUUUGGAUCAUGUGUGCUGCUAAAGAAAUAGCCACAGAUUUUCAGUUAAUACAUUUGCCCAAAAAUGAAUUGAGGCUUUGAAUUGCGUGCUGAACUUAUGGGCUGUUAUCAAGUAUACAACAUAAUGUACAAAAUUAGCUCCAGUUAUGCUUUACACUAUAGAACAGAAGUAUUCAACCUGGGAAAAUAUGGAAAUGCCCCCCAAAAAUUAUUUUGCCUAGGAGCGUCAUGUUUUAACAGUGGAACAGAAGAAUAUGCCAAAAGAAGAAGAAGACUUAAGUACAGUGAAAUUCCUUUCUGCAUUUAACCCAUCUGAGGCAAUGAACACAUACAUACCCAGAGCAGUGGGCAGCUAUGCUACAGUGCCCAGGGAGCAGUGGGGGGUUAGGUGCUUUGCAGGGGCACUUCAGCCUAAGGCCACCCUAUGUUAACCUAACCACAUGUCUUUGAACUGUGGGGGAAAACGGAGCAGACAUGGGGAGAACAUGCAAACUCCACACAGAAAGGCCCCCGUCAGCUGCUGGGCUCGAACCCAGAACCUUCCUGCUGUGAGGCGACAAUGCUAACUACUACACCACCAUGCCACCCAGUAGAAGUCUUUCCCCAAUUAAAAGCAGCAGAUAAGCCAAACACCAUUUGAAUCUGGAAUGAUUGACAGAUAAGCAGGUGUUUUGAGCUCUCUGCUUGAAAGAUGUGAUGAUGCAGUACUCUAACUAACUGGGCCACUAUUGUUAGAAGAGCUACAGCUAUACCAGGCUGGACUGCUAGCUGGGCACUUACCACAGCUAACAGGCCUCCCACUACUGCUAACUGGGCCUUCACCACCACUGGCUGGGCUACCAUCAUAUUAUGCCUGGCCAAACACAAAACCAGCUGGGUUAACACCACAUCUAGCUGGGCAUUCAUCUCUGCAAACGGAGCUACAGCUACAUCAGACUCGACUUUGUACUGGGUCUCCACCACAGCUUGCAGGUCUUUUACCUCUGCUAACUGGGCCUUCACCACCACUGGCUGGGCUACCAUCAUAUUAUGCCUGGCCAAACACAAAACCAGCUGAGUUAACACCACAUCUAGCUGGGCAUUCAUCUCUGCAAACGGAGCUACAGCUACAUCAGGCUCGACUUUGUACUGGGUCUCCACCACAGCUUGCAGGUCUUUUACCUCUGCUAACUGGGCCUUCACCACCAUUGGCUGGGCUACUAUUACGCCUGGCCUGGCUAACAGCCCAAUCAGCUGGGCUAUCACCAAAUCUUGCUGAGCCUCCACUGCUAACAGAGCAACAGCUACGACAGACUCGACUACAAACUGGGUUUCCACCACAACUAGUGGGCCUUCUACACCACUGACUGGGCUACUACCACAUCAGACCCAGCUAACAUCACAACCACCUGGGCCACCACCACAACUACCUGGGUCUCUACUAUUGCGAGCAGAGUCACAGCCACACUUCCCACCACUGCCAACUGGGCUUUCAUCAACACUGGCUGGGCUACCAUCACAACAGGCCUGGCUCUCACCACAUCCAGCUGGGUCACCUCAACAUCCAGCUGGGUCACCUCAACAUCCAGCUGGGCCACCACAACAUCCAGCUGGGCCACCACAACAUCCAGCUGGGCCACCACAACAUCCAGCUGGGCCACCACAACAUCCAGCUGGGCUACCACAACAUCCAGCUGGGCUACCACAACAUCCAGCUGGGCUCCCACAACAUCCAGCUGGGCUCCCAUUACAUCAGACUGAGCAGUUACCUCCGUUACGUGACCGAACUGAGCAGCAACCACUGCAUCAAGGAUCAUGUUUACAACUGCAGCUACCUGAGGUAACUGAGUUUCCUUCAACAAAGAAAACUUUACAUUCGCUUAAUCCAGCAAUUAAGAAACAAAAGAAAAUGCACUUCUUUCAAAUCCUUAAUAAUGCCAAAAUCAUCUGGGACUCCCGAUCUAAGCCAAAGGGAAUUUUGGUGGGCCAUAUUAACAUUCGAAGUAUUGUCAACAAAACAGAGCAAAUAGAACAUUUAUUAAGUGAGUCGAAUAUUGAUAUACUUGGAGUAUCUGAAAGUUGGUUGACACAUUCGUCAUCUACAGCAGCUAUUAGUAUUCCAGGGUAUAAUGUGUUCAGAAAAGAUAGGGAAUCAGGGAAAGGUGGGGGAGUAUUGAUUUAUGUAAGAGAAAAGUUUAAGUGUGAGCUAUUAAGUUGGCCUAUUGAAGUCAAAGCUGAAUAUAUUGGUCUUAAUAUUUCACUUUGCUCUGCAAUGUCUUUUAUUGUAAUUUGUGUGUAUCGACCUCCCUCUGCAAAAGAUGUAUUUUGUGAUCAUCUGCAAACAGUUUUAAAUCAUUGCAAUUCUAAUAAGGAAAUCAUAUUACUUGGUGACUUUAACAUCAACUGGGACAUCAAGUCAGACCGAAAGAAAAUUAAACAACUUAUGGAUAAAUUCAAUAUGACACAAAUUAUAAAAGGACCAACAAAAAUAACAAAUACGUCAAAAACAAUGAUUGAUCUAAUAUUUACUAACAAACCAGACAGGAUCUCUAAGACUUUUAAUCUACUAUAUGGUCUGUCAGACCACAAUUUUAUUCUGUGUACGAGGAAAAUUUCAAGGAAGUACUUAGCAGCAUCUACCAGGGGUCAUGAUUACUAUUUCAUACCCAAAGGCCAACAGCAUAUCCUGAAGGAGGAGAUAAAACCCACAGAUUGGUCUAAUAUUCUUGAAAAUAACAACAUUGAGACUAGCUCAGAUAGUUUUAUCAAGAAAGUCAAUGCCAUUAUAACACACACACACACAUUAUCUCUAGCCGCUUUAUCCUUCUACAGGGUCGCAGGCAAGCUGGAGCCUAUCCCAGCUGACUACGGGCGAAAGGCGGGGUACACCCUGGACAAGUCGCCAGGUCAUCACAGGGCUGACACAUAGACACAGACAACCAUUCACACUCACAUUCACACCUACAGUCAAUUUAGAGUCACCAGUUAACCUAACCUGCAUGUCUUUGGACUGUGGGGGAAACCGGAGCACCCGGAGGAAACCCACGCGGACACGGGGAGAACAUGCAAACUCCGCACAGAAAGGCCCUCGCCGGCCCUGGGGCUCGAACCCAGGACCUUCUUGCUGUGAGGCCAUUAUAACACAUUUUUACAAAAAAAAGGUAAAUCUAAGAAACAGAGAAAUAAUCUGCCUUGGCUGAAUAGUGAGAUUUUAAAAUUAAUGAAAAGUAGAGAUAGUGCUUUAAAGCAAUCUCUUAAAACAAAAACUACGAGUGACAGACAGAUCUUCACAUCAUUAUGAAAUAAAGUCCUAAGGAUGACCCGUAAAUCAAAAGCAGAAUUUUACAUUGAGACAAAGAGGCAAAUGGUAAUGGAAAGCUAAUAUGGAACAAUCUAAAUAAGCUAUUGGGAAGGGACAACUCUAAUUAUCUUAGUGAUUUACAACUCCAAGUACAUGGUAAGCUAACCGACAACCUAGACAUCAUUGUGAAUGACCUUAACAGAUUUUUUAUUGAGUCAAUACAGGAACUCACAAAACACUUAAAAUGCUCACACAUUCCUCAUAAUCCUGUUGAUGCAAGUAAACCAGUAUUUAUCAUAGAAGAAGUAACUGUCCCAGAGGUAAUAAAAAUAAUAUCUUUUAAAAGUUCAAAGGCCAAAGACACAUUUGGUCUUACUAGUGAUUUUUUAAAGACCCACAAGGAGGCGCUUGCUGACCCAAUUGCACAUCUUGUAAAUCUAUCCAUAAAGCAUGGUAUAGUACCAUCAACAUGGAAGAUUGCUAGGGUCACCCCAGUCUUUAAGUUGGGGGACAAGACUAAAUCUGAGAACUACCGACCAAUAAGUAUUUUACCCAUCAUUUCCAAAGUAGCGGAGAGAUGGGUCACUACAAAACUGACAGAACAUUUAAAUAAAGGUUAUGCCACUCUCCAUCCAAUGCAAUUUGGGUUUAGGAAAUUCCAUUCCACAGAGACAGCUACCUGCUAUUUCCUAGAAAACUUAAAGAGCAUGUUGGAUCAGGGUGGCUAUGUUGCCAGCGUAUUUCUUGAUUUAAAACGUGCUUUUGACACAAUCAUGAUUUGCUUAUUGCAAAAUUUAACAUAUUUCAAUUUCUCAAAUAGCGCCCUCUGUUGGAUGAAGUCAUACUUGUCAGACAGAAAACAGGCAGUUCAAAUUGGUGACUCAUUGUCUUCAUACCUCACUUGUUCUGCUGGAGUUCCGCAGGGCUCAAUACUGGGUCCUGUUUUAUUUAGCUUGUAUGUCAAUGAUCUACCUGAUGUCUGUAGAAACAUAAAAAUACAACUAUAUGCUGAUGACACUGUACUAUACUGUCAUGCAAACUCUAUGCAAGAAGCUGCUACAAGACUCUCAGGAGCCAUGGUGCCGGUGUCCCAUUGGCUCCAAAACUGCUGCCUACAUCUGAAUACAAAAAAAACCUGUAUGUUUUUUUCACGACAACCAACAGGGGGGCAGCAACCAUCAGUUAUGGUAGAUGGAGAGAGACUUGAUGUGGUUGAUCAUUUUAAAUAUCUUGAUCAUUUUAAAUAUCUUAAAAUACCUUUGACUCUUCUCUUAAUUUUAAGCAACAUGUUAAAAAAGUAAUACAUAAAGUUAAAGCUAGUUUAUCUAAUUUUAAACACAAGACCUUUCCUACCCAUGGAGACCUAUAUGCAUGCAAUGAUAUUUACUCACAUUUCCUACUGUUACACUACAUGGUCACACACAGCAGAGAACAUUUUAAAACCAAUUAAUUCUCUCUUCAAGAGAACACUUAAAGUUCUUGAUAACAAGCCCAUAUAUCACCACCACUGUAACAUUGUUAAGAAAUACCAAAUAUUGGACUUUGAUAGUUACCAGUUGUUUUUAGAUGUCUGUCUCAUUUUUAAGGUUUUGAAUGGACUAGCCCCUCCACCAUUACAGGAUUUCAUAAAGAAAAAAUCUUCACGAGUAAACACAAGAGCACUGACAAAAGGGGACUGUGAAGUCAAAUGGCGUAGAACUAAAUUCAGCCAAAUGGUGGUGUCCAUUAGAGGAACGCAGUCCUGGAAUACACUGCCAGCUCAUAUCAGACUGUGUGACAACAUCAACACCUUCAAAAUGACCCUUAAACAGUGGCUGAAGAUAAGUCAGACCUGCUCCCAUUAAUGACCUUAAUUUCCAGGUGUAUAUUGUGAACUUGGUUUUACUUUCUGUACUUUUAUAUGUAUUUUGUGUUUGUGAUGUAUGAGUAUAAUGUCUGCAUGUUCUGUGAUGUUGUAUUGUUUGUUUUAUUGUUGUUUGGCUUAUGAUACCUGCCUUAGGACAACGGAUGAAAUUUAGCAAUUAUGCUAACUCUGGCAUAUUUAUAUUGAUGUUUUUUACUGAUGUAUUGAUUAAUGUGCAAUGUCCUAAUCAAAUAAAUGAAAUGAAAUCCC